AUGAGUCUGCUGAGGCCCAGCGGGCUGAAGGCCCCCACCAAGAUCCUCAAGCAUGGGAGCUGGGCCCUGAAGGCGCCCUCAGCCGCGGCUGCUCCCGUUGAGAAGUCCGUGCCUGGGGAGAAAACCCCCAGCGCCCCCUCCUCGGAGACGCAGGAGGAGUUUGUGGACGACUUCCAGGUCGGAGAACGAGUCUGGGUGAAGGGGAACACGCCUGGAUUCAUCCAGUUCCUCGGGGAGACCCAGUUUGCCCCUGGUCAGUGGGCCGGGAUCGUGUUGGACGAGCCCAUCGGCAAGAACGACGGCUCGGUGGCGGGUGUGCGCUACUUCCAGUGCGAGCCGCUGAAGGGCAUCUUCACCCGGCCGUCCAAGCUGAGCAGGAGCUGGCAGGCCGACGAUGAGACCAACGGCCUGCAGCCAGCGCCUGCUGCCCAGGCCACACCGCCCCUGUCGGCCUCCCCGGCCCCUGCCGCCGCCCCGAAGGCACCCCAGCCCUCCGCGAAGGAGGCACCGGCCGCCCCUCACAUCAGCAACCUGACCAGGACGGCCAGCGAGUCCAUCUCCAACCUCUCGGAGACUGGCUCCCUCAAGAACGGGGAGCAGGAGCUGAAGCUCGGGGACCGGGUGCUGGUGGGAGGCGUGAAGGCCGGUGUGGUGCGCUUCCUCGGGGAGACGGACUUCGCCAAGGGGGAUUGGUGUGGCGUGGAGCUGGACAAGCCGCUGGGCAAGAACGAUGGCGCCGUGGCCGGAACGAGGUACUUCCAGUGUCAGCCCAAGUACGGCUUGUUUGCUCCCAUUCACAAAGUCACCAAGAUCGGCUUCCCCUCCACGACGCCGGCCAAGGCCAAGGCGGCCCCCGGGAGGCGUGUGAUGGCCACCACCCCCGCCAGCCUGAAGCGCCGCCCGUCGGCCUCCUCGCUCAGCUCCGUGAGCUCCGUGGCCUCAUCCGUGAGCAGCAGGCUCAGCCGCGUGGGACUAUUGCCAGAAACCUCCUCUCGCUAUGCCUGCAAGAUCUCCAGCACCACCGCCCUCCAAGAGGCACUGAAGGAGAAGCAGCAGCACAUUCAGCAGCUGCUGGCCCAGCGGGACCUGGAGAGGGUGGAGGUGGCCAAGGCCACGAGCCAUGUGGGGGUGAUAGAGCAGGAGCUGGCCCGCCGGGACGGGCACGACCAGCACGUCCUGGAGCUAGGGGCCAAGAUGGACAAGCAGCGGGCCAUGCUGGAAGCGAGCGACCGGGAGAAGGUGGAGCUGCUGAACCAGCUGGAGGAGGAGAAGAGGAAAGUGGAGGACCUCCAGUUCCGAGUCGAAGAGGAGUCCAUCACCAAAGGCGACCUGCAGAAGGAGGUGAAGGCCCUGCAGUCGGCCUCCGAGAAGCUCGCCAAGGAGAACGAGAGGCUGAGGACCAAGCUGGACCAUGCCAACAAGGAGAACGCGGACGUGAUCGCCCUGUGGAAGUCCAAGCUGGACACGGCCAUCGCCCCGCACCAACAGGCCAUGGGCGAGCCGAAGGCGGCCGUGAGCCGGGGCGUGGGCGCUGAGGCGGCCGAGCUGGCCGAGCUCAAGAUGCAGAUGGAGAGGCUACAGUUCGAGUCCCAGCAGGAGGUAGAGAGCCUGAAGGCCCAGCUGGCGGCUGAGCGUGCAGCGCACGCCUUUGAGCUGCAGACGCUCAGGUCGCGGCUGGUCAAGAUGGCCCAGGAGCAGAAGAACAGCCUGGAGGCCGCGCGGGCCAAGCUCGACCAGACCAAGGACCAGCACCUGGUGGAGAUGGAGGACGCCCUGAACAAGCUGCAGGAGGCGGAGACGAAGGUAAAGCACCUGGAGGGGUUGCGGGCCAUGUGUAGUCAGCAAGCCCAGGCCCUGGCCGACGCCACGGCGCAGCGGGAGGCCACCCAGCAGAAGCUCUUGCAGUUCGAUGGGCUCUGGAAGGCCAGUUGAGGUAAAUUGGAAAUGGAGAAGCUCAGGCAGCAGCUCCAGGUGGCUGAGCGGCAGAUUCAGGAGUUAGAGAAUGCAAAGCGGGCCGAGAGCGGCAGGUUGGCCGAUAGCCUGGCCAAGGAGCUGCAGGGGAAGGAGCUAGCGCUUUGUCGUCUUCAGGAGAACUUGAACGAAGCCGGCCGAGUGAAGGAGGCUUUGGAGAAAGAGCUUCGGGGGGAGAAGGUGGACGUGAGCUGCAGCCAGUCCCAGGCUCUGCAGGCCGAGCACGCCAAGUCCACCACGGAGAGCCAGGCGCAGCACGAGGAGGCGCUGCAGGCCCUGCAGAAGCUGCUGCUGCAGGCGGAGAAGCUGCAGGCGGUGCAGGCGGAGAACGGGAGCCUGCUGCGGGAGGUGGCCGAGCUGAAGACGCAAGCCGACGAGGCCAAGGCUGUGCAGACAGCGGAAGAUGCCAGGCAGUUCAUGGAGCAAAUGACCCAAGAGAAGACAGAGACCCUGGCCUCCCUGGAGGACGCCAGGAACACCAAUGCGAAGUUGCAGAGUGAGGUGGUUGAUGUCGGAUCCCUUAAAGAAAACAACUUGAAGAAUGUGGAAGAGCUGAAGAAAUCGAAAGAGCGUCUGACUGUAGAGAAUCAAGAGAUGGAAGAAUUCAAGAAAGAAAUAGAAUCCAUGUUCAUAAGAGACUCCGAUGAAGAGAAAGCUUCCCUGCAGAAAUCCAUCAGUAUUACCAGCGCUUUGCUCAGGGAGAAGGACGCAGAGCUGGAGAAGUUGAGAAAUGGGGGUCGAGUCUCCUUGCUCAGGGGAGAAAAUGCCUCUGCCAAGUCCUUGCAUUCAGUUGUUUAGUCCCUGGAAUCUGACAAGGUGAAGCUGGAGCUCAAGGCCAAAAUCUUGGAGCUUCAACUCAAAGAGAAAAAAAGGCAGCUCCAGAGCUGGGCAGGUAAUUCUGAUUCUCAAGCAGAUGAGGACGAAAGGGCCCAGGAGAAUCAGAUCGAUUUCCUGAAUUCCGUGAUUGUGGACCUCCAAAGAAAGAAUCGGGACCUCAAGAUGAAAGUGGAGAUGAUAUCCGAGGUGGCUCUCGACGGGAACUGGGACGACCUCAACAAUGAUGACAACAACAGUUUCGGCCCGGCCACACCAUUCUCUGCACUGUGCAGAAAUCUCCAGCUGUUGAUGCAUGAGAUAACAAGCUACUUGUGAAACACCUAAAAUAACCAAUUUACUGUCUUUACAGUUUUCUUUUUUUCACCGUGCUUUUAGAUGAAUGUAUGAUGAGAAAUUCAACAUUAAUACUUUUGGAUUUUCUUAUCACAAAAAAAUUAAAUGAAGGACCUCAACCAUCAGAAGUUUAUCAUCCAGUUUGAAUCUAUUUAUCUUCAUUUGAAUGUUUUCUAGUUCUGUAAAAAGUGAUAAAUAAUGUACCAUCCAGGCGACAUGUAUA